AUGUACAGCGAUUUUUAUCGAAUAAAACUAAAAUAUGAUAGAUUCCUGUUACCACAGUUGAAUAGAUCAAAGGCAGCGUAUCACGAAAGUGACGUGAUUGGGAAACCAGUGGGAGAAUGUAAAGUUCGGGGUGUAGAUCACGAAUAUGUUCCAUCCCAGUUUCCCUUACCUCGUCCCUCGAAAAAAAAAACGAAGCUGGCUUGUUCCCACGUGAAAACCCGUCACCUUUUUGCACGUGCCCCUAGCGAGCGGUCGGGAAUCACCGAUGGUCUCUUAAAGGCAUCACCCCACGAAUCUGAGGUGGUGCAGAUUUCAGGUGGAGUAUUCGUAUACGGGAUGGGAGACUACGGAGAGGAAGGUGAUUCCGUCCAUUUCCUGCUAAUUGCCGUAAAAAACGGCCCGGAAGAUGCGGCGCCGCACAAGACUGGCGCGCUCCAAUCGUACCUCUUGUACAAAAUGGUGCGCCAAAACGAAUGA